AUGGAUCCAUUAGAGUCUCCGAACAGGCGGAGGGUGAAGGAGGAAGGAGACAAGGAGAAUCACAUUCCUGCCCCUCCUAAAGUCCUGAAGACUGAGAGUCUUGACUGUCAUCCACCGACGCCACAACUUCCCAUGCUUUCUCCAUCUGGCGAAAGCAGGAAGAAAUCGGUGCACGCCAUGAGAUCGCAGGCCAAGCAUUCCGAAAAAGUACAUGAGCAGUUCAGCUCCAUCCUGAACACACUAGGCAACAGCAUCAGGAACAGGAUGGAGCAGCCUGCAGGUCCAUCAGGUAUGGACCUGCAGGUGGCCGUCGACUGGUUUAAAAAUAGAAUAAAGCCUCUGCGUGGUACAGUAACCAUAUUCCAUGUAGAAGACAGUAUUCCUGUCAAUACAUCUAGUGAUCUUGGUUUGAAAAGUUGUCUUAGGUGUCAACAUGAGCCACUGGAUAAAGAGAGGAAGGGCGUUGCUGUAUGGGGCCCUGGAGAAAACUUGGAAACAACAUUAAGAAUAUUUGCGCACUACAACCAUUUGUACCGCUGGAAAACCAAGAGGAGUGAAGAAGUAGUGGUCAAGGCAGCAGCUUUUGACCAUUCCCCUGCAACGGUAUCAACUGCUCAUCACCACAAAGAAAACUUCAAGUGUGGCAGCGAGCAAAGUCCACACAACUGGUUGGAUACAAGCCAUUCCACCAGGGCUCUUAUCGAGGGGUGGAUAACUCCCCUGCCACCCUGCACCUUGCGCUCGGUUCUCAAAUGGUUCGAGGAGCAUGAUGGUGAUGGACUGAAUGAGGACGAGAGAAGCAAGUACCAGCUGGAUGGUGAAAGCUGGAAAGAGCCUGCGUUUGACAAGAUUGAAUUGAAUCCGGAGAGUGGAGUGUGGAUUCAGAAAGAAGCACUGGAACGACUGAAGGAUACAGCUUCUUUUGCAGCAAGGGAUGGGCAGACCGUUUUAUUUUGUAGUCUGUUAAAAGAGCUGCUUCAGGAGAACAACAUUUUAAACAUUCUUCCAUCAUAUGUUGAUAAGCAAGUCCUCCACACCACAAUGAGGUAUGUCAACGGGAGAUAUAAAAAGUGGAAUGUAGCUAAGUACUGCAACGUGUUGUACAAUGCGCGGGGUUAUGAGAAGAGGAAGAGGAAAGCUGGGGAAGCAUUUCAAGACGAUGAAGAUGAAUCUCAGAACCCCUCUCAAGGUAAGCGGCCACGCAAAAUACUCAAAGCAAAAUCCACUUCUAAAAAAACACGCGAACAGACCGCACCUUCCUUAUCUAAAUCUGAAACAGCACCCACUUCACCUACUACCAUAGAGCAAGCACCCACUUCACAUACCAGAGAGACUCCAGCACCCACUUCACCUGCCAUCACCAGCCAGCCGUCUGUUGGCAGCCUACCCUCUGCCUCCCCCAGCCUCCCCCAACACAUUCCAAUGCAUCUGCCCCCCAUCUAACUUUGCUAGAAUCUGUCUGCUCCAAAAAUUCCGUGCCUGUCUGUCUACCAUCACAAUCUCAUCCCCGCCACCAC